AUGAGUCUGCUCGACAAUGUCCCAGACUCAGGGCAGCAGGAUCCAGAUGACGAUGAGAAGGAUGAGAAUGUCGAUUUCGACGUGGACGACGAUCGCGAUAUCCCAGCAGACCUUCUUAUGACAAUGAAACACCCUGGACAUUCACGUCCAAUCACCAAUUACUUCGGAAUUGCCAAGUUUGGUCUUCCUGACUUACGACCAGCUAUUGCCGACUUUCUUCGUUGUGAGGCUACUCAUGGGAGGGAUCACAUACAUACUAUUGGGGGGGCUAGAAGAGCUGGACCUACUGCUUCACUUCCCUUCGACAAACUUCAAGUCUGGUUUAAACUUCGGGUGCAGGACACUGAUUUCCACGAUGCUAGCAUCAUACGGCCUGCACAGACCCUCAAUUGUGCACCUCCUUCUGAUCCCUGGACAUGUGGCUGGUAUGACACAGUCAUCAUUAACAACGAGGCAAGGUACUUAUGGCCAGAAGAUGGUCUUCGUGGUCAUACGAUUGGCCAAAUCAGGCUUAUCAUGCGUGCUGUUGGAAAAAGUGGCACGAAUUGGUCAUGGAAGGACCACUUUCUGGUUUACGUGCAUCGCUUUGACAUUGUUCCUCAAAGCUCCGGUGCUGAUGAUCGUGAGCCAAGUACGCAGCUCCACUUGCUCAAACGAGCGAAGCGUUCGAAUGGCACUUGGGUGGGCGAUGUCAUACCUGUGACACAGCUCAGAGCAGCUGUCAACCUUGUCCCUCGCUUCGGUGCAAGUGCGGACAACCGUCUCACCCCAUAUAAUAGCAUGGAACAUGCUUCUCAGUUCUGGCUCAACAGGUAUUGGGAUAAGAAUGUAUAUUUUCCCCUUUCCAUGUAG